CAUAUCAGCGUAUUGCUUGAAAGUGCCGAUGGUGGUGAUGUGGAAUUGGAUGUAAGCUAUCAAGUGUGGGGUGCAAGAUGGUAUCCAAGUUAUGAUAUUCGAAUUGAGGAUAAGCAGUCCGACGAGGAAAACAAUAUGAAGGUAACACUGAAGUUAAUUUAA